UUUACAUUUUGAUAGCUAACAUUAACCCAACUAAACCAAAUGAUUUGGUGAUUUUUGAUCUCCCAACAUUUUUUCAAUGCAGGAUUCACUCUGCUGCUAUGUGUCUACCUUUCAACUACUUGGCAAUCAAAAAGCUCCACAUCAUUCCAUUAGUCUAAAGUUACAAAGUCAAACUUUAUCCUCGCAAUCAGAGACUAACAAAUAUGCUCCUAGUUCCCGUUGCGAAUCCGCGAUCCCACCUAUCGCCAUGAGUUCGGUCCACAACCCAAAUCCCCCGAACGAAACGCCUCCCAUCCCUAGACGCCCCCCGGCCCCGGCCUCGAAAUGGAAGCCAUUGCUGUUCUGGGCAUCAGCCGUUCUGGUCCUCUUCCUCGCGCUCUCUCUCAACGCCACCAAGCCAAUCCCUCACCUCAUUCUCUCACGCCCAAGACCGCUCCACAACCUAAAGCCCAGCCUCGUCCAAAGAUUUGCCGGUCUCUUCCUACCCACCCGAGAGAAGGAAACGCUGCCCAUCUCCGAACGCACUCCAUGUGUUCUAUGGAUGGCCCCUUUCCUCUCUGGUGGCGGCUAUAGCUCCGAAGCCUGGUCUUAUAUCACAGCUCUGGAUACCCACAUCAAAGAUCCUAAAAUUAGGCUUCGCGUAGAGCAGCAUGGCGAUCUAGAAUCAUUGGACUUCUGGCUCGGUUUGCCGGAGGAGUCCAAGGCUCUCGCCUUCAACCUCCAUAACACCAAAUGCCCAAUGAGCGAGACCAUCGUGAUCUGCCACAGCGAGCCAGGCGCUUGGUACCCUCCACUCUUCGCCACGCCCCCCUGCCCGCCCACCGGCUACGACGAACCUGCGUUUGUCGUGGGCCGGACCAUGUUCGAGACCGACCGGGUGAAUCCCGGGCAUGUCGAGCGCUGUAAUCGUAUGGAUGCGGUCUGGGUGCCUACCGAAUUCCACGUCUCUGCGUUUGUUCGAAGCGGCGUCGAUCCUGCCAAGGUCGUCAAGGUGAUCCAGCCGGUCGAUGUCGAGUUCUUCGACCCAUCGAAGCACGAGGCAUUGGUUCUCCCUACCGGAGCGCCGGUUCUGGGCUCGCAUCCAGCGAGCACGAGUGCGAGUUCUGGUGGGAAGGAGAAAGAGUUUGUCUUCCUGAGCGUCUUCAAGUGGGAGCGGAGAAAAGGAUGGGAUGCGCUGCUGAAAGCCUAUCUGGAGGAAUUCUCAAAGUCCGAUGGGGUUGCCUUGUGUCUACUGAUAAGCGCCUACCAUUCCGGCAGAGAUUUCGGCAGCAGAAUUGUCGAGUUUGUCGAAGGGAGUGGCCUGAAGGAGCCGGAUGAUGGAUGGGCUCCGGUUCACGUGAUUGAUUCCCAUGUACCGCAGUCCGAUCUGCCGAGGUUCUACAAGGCGGCUGAUGCGUUUGUUCUCCCGUCGAGAGGCGAAGGUUGGGGGAGGCCAAUCGUGGAGGCCAUGAGUAUGGCGCUGCCGGUGAUUGCCACGAACUGGUCUGGCCCGGAGGAGUACUUGACGGAGGAGAAUGGGUAUCCUUUGCCGGUGGAUCGGAUGAGCAGAGUGACGGAAGGGCCAUUCGAGGGUCACCUCUGGGCCGAGCCCUCGGUCCGGGAGUUGAGAGUUCUGAUGAGGCGCGUGGCGAGCAAUCCCGGAGAGGGCAGGAGGAAAGGGAGGAGAGCCAGGGAAGACAUGAUGGAGAGAUAUUCGCCGGAAAUUGUCGCCAGACUCGUCGCAGAUCAAGUUAUGAAGAUAUGGAGGAAUCCAGGAAUGGUCCUCAAGCAGCAUUAAUCAUCUGAUAGCAGGAACUUGUUUAUCCUGGGGAUCAAUUCAUGUUGUAGGUUGCACCAGGCGUUCAGUUUGUUUGGUUGCUUCCAAAUCAAGGGAAAACCUUGAAUUGUAUGUUUCAUGUUUUUUGUUUUUUGUUCGCUCCUAAGGAGACCUCUCCUUUUCUUCUC